AUGGCCGGAGAUGAAGUAUCCACCCGGAAAAGGCUACGCGUCACCACUGGCUGCAAGACAUGUCGUGCUCGUCGAGUGAAAUGCGACGAGAGCCGUCCUAGCUGCAGAAACUGUGCAAAGAAGAACCGUUCAUGUCAUUAUGAAGAUUCACAUAGAUUGGGUGGUUCUAACUCCAAUCCCGUCAAUCAUGCGACCGCUUCGCCUUUGAAUAUCGAACCCAGUCCUGCGCGGCAAUUGGAGGAACUCGAUGAACAAAUUGAUGCAGAUCAUGGCUCCACAAAUCAUUGUGAUAGUGAUAAUCCACCACUUCGUCAAAUUGACACAUCGCACCGGAGCACUGCUCCUACCGGAGAGACCCCAUCUAUUGGCAACGGGCUAAAUAAUAUACACGUACAAAGCCCAUUCUAUCUAUCACCCCCAAACUCUCAUUCACUAUCAGACUUCGCCUCGGUCUUCUACAAAGACCAACUAAAUCCAACCUAUCAAUUCAGCACCAACCACCCAGCCCUCUCCCCAGGCCCAAUCCCCCGCUCACCCUACGAACUACCAACAGGCGAACAAAUCGACCUAAAACCCUCAGAAAUCCUCAUUUUCCGAAACUAUGUCGACACAGUCUCCCUUUGGAUCGACUCCUUCUCUCGAGAUCAGCCCUUCCACUCCAUAGUACCGGUAAUAGCCCUUCGCUGCUAUUCACUAAUGUACUCUUGUCUCGCCUUGUCAGCAAAGCAACUGGCACUCAAAGCGCCUGCUCACGAAUCUCGAGAACGCGAGAACGUCGCUAUUCAUUACCACCAUAAAGCCGUCCAGGCUAUGGGCACUCUACUGUCUGACCCACGGUAUGCGGGUAAUGAUGGGAUCCUGGCCUCGAGCAUUAUUCUCUCUACAUAUGAAAUGCUUGACGUGGCAGGUGAAACCUUCGGCUCGCACCUCAAAGGCGUGGCUUUCUUCCUACAGUCCCGAGGCGUCCACGGCAACGCAGGUGGUCUCAAAGGCGCGGCCUACUGGACCUGGUAUAGACAUGAGAUCUGGGCUGCGCUCCAACUCCGGCGUCGGAUGUUUCUCGGUGCAGAUUAUUGGAAGCCUGAAGUUGUCGAUAGCUUUGAGGGUCUUUCCGUUGAGGAUAUAGCGAAUCGGGCGAUAUUUAUCUUUGGUCAAUGUGUCUCGUUUUGUAAUGAUGGGUCAUUUACAGAGGGUCUCCAGGCUGAUGAAAGGAUCCAGGCGAGGCAAUAUAGAGCAGAGGAGUUGUAUGAGGCUCUGGAAGAUUGGAAGCUGAAAUUGCCGCUUUCUAUGGCCCAUUUCUCCUCUGAGAGAUCCUCAGUGGUGGAGAGUGAGCUGGCGCAUGAUUUUGGAUCUAUAUGGUUUAUUUACCCCCAAAGUGGUAUGUUUGAUGACCUUUUCAGUCUGCAGCAGCUUACAUGUACAGCAAUUGCACAUCAAGUAUACCAUGCCUCGAAGAUCUUGCUCAAUCUGCAUUGUCCAAUUCUUGAAACCCAGCAUGGUCUAGGCCAGCCCCGGUACCUGGCCAAUCAUUGUCGAAUCGAAAGGUCCCGCGAAGAGAUCUUCCUCAUUUCCAAUGCCGGUGUACCGGAUGCUUGGAGCUUGAUAUCCACGCAAUGCCUUUAUAUUGCAGGUCUUGUCACCAAUGGCGUCCUGGAGCGCCGUCGUACACUGGAACUUAUCAUGAAUUGUCAGAAAAGCUCUGGUCGACGGACGAAAAGUCUUGCUGAUGCUUUGAAAGGGCUUUGGGCAUAG